AUGUUCCGCACCGCUCCUCGUAUGGCUGGAUUCGUGUUCCGUGAGAACCGUGUCCCUUACUACCAGCGUCUUUUCCAGCAGCACGACGGCAAGCGCCAGUGGUGGAAGACUGAGCGCAGUGGUUACCUCAUGUGGCCCUACCUGAUCUCCGUCUACGGAAUGGGCAUCGCUACCACCUACGCUAUGGGUCGUAUGGUCUUUGGCCACAAGACCUGGUUCGGCAAGGCGUAA